UCUAUAAUAUCCCAUUACCCAACUCCUUCUCUUGUCCUACUCCCACGCCCCCUCUUCUCUCUCAAUCAACCAUACACUCCUUUACCUUCAAAAUCCAUCAUCGCUACCAUCUUCUCGUCGAACCCCACUCAUGGCGGAAAAAGGCAGUAGCAGUCCGUUGCCGAAGUUCGGCGAAUGGGAUGUGAACGACCCUGCAUCUGCUGAGGGAUUCACAGUAAUCUUUAAUAAAGCCAGGAAUGAGAAAAAGGCUGGUGGCAUGCCUGACUCUCCAGCAAAGGAUGACCCAACAUAUAAGAAUGGUUCUGUUCUUGGAAAGCCUCAACCUAAAAAAUGGUUUUGCUGCUUGCAAGCUGCAGAAUCGUGAGGCUUUUCGGAUCGAUGAACGGAGUUCAGCAGAAUCAACACACUGACUUUAUCUCUUGAAGAUUGAAGCUGCUGCAUUUAGAAUGUGUUUAUGGAUAAUGCUGAACUCCUUGGGGUUUGGGGAUGAAGAUGAUUAAUCAUCAUUGUGUUGUUAUGUUGUUCCUUCUGCAUAAAUGGCAACUAUUAGAGAUUGUUGCUUAUCAUCUUCCCUCCUCUCCCUGCUGCCCUCUUGUUGUGAAAUGAUGCUCUCAUCCUCUUUCUUCACACUUUUUCUUGCCUUAAUGAUUUCAAAUGUCUCUCUUUCUCUGUGAUCUUAAACUUUAUGCUAAGGCUUGUUCAUA